AUGGGAGCUUGUAGCUUUCGGGGUAAUCACGAACCUUACUGGCCUUGCAUCUACAAGGAAGAUGAUGAGAUUCCGUUUGCACCUGAUGGUAACGCCCCACUUAUUUCCCAUUGCGUCGAGAAAGUCAGAGGGACUUCCAACCAUUUUAAAGGCCUCAAGUGCAUCCGGAAAACCAUCAUCGAUCCUACGGAGGGAGAUGAAGCUUCGCGAGACACCAAGAAACGCAAACUCAUACAAGAAGCCAAAAUUCUUCACUUAGCCCGACAUCAUCAUGUUGUUCAGCUCAUCCAUACAUACUUUGUGGACGGAGAAGAGGACCAAAUCAAGUUUUCAGUUAUCAUGGAUCGGGCAGAUGCAAACCUACACAAAUAUCUCAAGCCUGGACAAGCUCCCAGAGGACAAUGGUUUAGUUGUUUGACAGGUGUUGUGUCCUACAUCCAUGCAUUGGGUAUUCGGCAUCGGGACAUCAAGCCAUCAAAUAUUUUGAUCAAAGGCGACAAGGUCCUGCUGGCCGAUUUUGGCAUAUCACAAAUGGGUCUUGGAAAAACAAUGCCAACCACAUACCGUCACCGUAAUGCCGCGAGGACACGGGAGUAUUGCGCUCCGGAAGUGGAAAAAGGUAGCACCCGUGGUCGGUCGGCAGACAUCUUUUCUUUAGGGGCCGUGUUCCUCGAGAUGCUUCUUGCCCAUUCCUAUCCCGAUGGUUUGAACGGACUCAAGAAAGUCUUGGACUCCUCGUCCCAGCAUGCAUCGUCCUACGCCAUUCACAUUGACGAGGUUCAUACAUGGAUGGCGGAGAAUCUUCAUCUUGCCGGCUGGCAGAACGAUGUUCUUUCUGCUUGCCGAAGAAUGUUGCACCCAGAUCGACUUCAGCGCCCUCAAGCAGAAGAUCUGGAUUCUGAUUUAUUAUCAUUAUUAGCUUCAGAUGAGUCUUUGGCCUGCACAUGCGCCAGAGACUCGGCUCUGACAGAAAGCAACAGGUUGGUUGAGUCUUGCAGGAAGUGUGCAGAGAACGAGGUGAACCGCGCGCUACAAGAAGGAGCAGACCCAAACACCUUGAGCGCAAUUCACCAUGCUGCAGAACCACUGCAAUGUGCGGCUCGAGGCGGUUCCGAGGAUGUGGUUAAACUGCUGCUGGAGAAUGGUGCUGACGUUAAUGCCAAAGACGAGAAUGAGCAGACGGCGCUUCAGGGUGCAGCAGGGCAAGGGUAUGGGACUAUUGUUAAGAUGCUGCUGGACUCAGGGGCCGAUAUUGAUGCAGAAGACCUUGAUGGGGACACAGCGUUGGACUUUGCAGAUAGAAGGCAUCAUUCUGCUGUAUUGGACCUAUUGGAAAGCUACCUAGUGGACAAGAUAUAA